AUGUGGGGCGUACUGGAGCUAGUCAGGCCGAGAGAACCGAUGGCAUCGCCCAGCCCCGAGGAUGGGUCCAACGACGCUGCGGCCACUACAAUUGGGGCCGCAGAAGCCGCCACUGCUCUCACGCCAAGCCCACCUGCCAAUAGCAUGGGUGGCGCCAACAACAGUGCCAUUGGCAACACCGAGAUGGCCCUGGCACAACACGAUGACACCGAGAGCCAUCAGCCGACUAAUGCGUACACGCAGCACCUAGGUGCCGUGUACGCUCCAAUACCGCUGCGUCAUCUCAACAAAGAGACCUUCCACAAAGUCUGGCACUACUUCAAUCAAGUCCGCGUGCCGGCAGGCUUCUGCCGGUUCCCAGUGGACUCGACAAAUCCAAUCUCGCUUGCGACACCGCAAGCAAAAACAGCUGCCAGGAUGACCCUGGAUGCACAGCUGCGCAGCGUAGGACUCGCAACGUUUGAGGUCACCCUCAACACGACCAGCAACAUCUUACGCUCUGCAGAUAUUUGGCUGGUCCCUCCGGUCACUGAUCUUCAGCGACUCACUCUCCGCUCUUCCCAAUUGCAACUCCAAGGCGCUCAGCUGUCUUUUGCCUUUGAGGGCAGAGAAAUUCCGCGGGGCUGCACCUUCUUCACGGUCUCCUACGUCAGCGCCACCACACUUGAGAAGCCCCAUCAACUCCUUGCAUCCCACGAUGGACACUUUGCCCAUCAUGGGCAGCGCAUCGAAUCUCUAUGCUAA